ACUUUUUUUUUCUUGCAGUGUGUUAAAUUCUCUACUAUAUUAGUGGGCGCCCCCUCUCUACUCUCUCUCUCUCUACAACACAGCUCCUUGUUGUCUUUGAUAACUCAGCCCCAAAAAAGAAAACAUUCAGAAGAUCAGAUCCAAAGUGGUUAAUCUGUCAAAACCAAGAACCUCCAUAUAUACAUACCUUGAUCAGUCAAUCUAUCAAUCAAUCAAAUCAAUCUCACCAAAUCAUCACCCAAAAAAAAAGUUGCAGAGAGAGAGAGAAGGGCUAGCAACAAUAAGAAGAAGAAGAAGAAGAUGUCCUCUUCAUCCGCCGCCUUCGCUCCGGAGCACCACCACCACCACCACCUCUCCUCCUCCUCCGAGCAGCUCUGCUACGUCCAUUGCACCUAUUGCAACACCGUCCUCGCGGUGGGCGUGCCGUGCACGAGCUUGUUCAAGACCGUGACGGUGCGGUGCGGCAACUGCUCCAACCUCCUCUCCGUCACCGUCGACAUGCGCGGCCUCCUCCUCCCGCCGGCGAACCAGCUCCAUCUCGGCCACUCCUUCUUCUCCCCCCAGAAUCUUCUCGAGGAGAUCCGAAGCUCGCCUUCGAACCUGCUGCCCAAUCCGAACGAGCCAUUGAUGCCGAUUCGAGGAAUCGACGAGCUCCCCAAGCCUCCCGUAGCCAACAGACCCCCGGAGAAAAGACAGAGAGUGCCAUCUGCUUACAACCGAUUCAUCAAGGACGAGAUCCAACGUAUCAAAGCUGGAAACCCUGAUAUUAGCCACAGAGAGGCGUUCAGUGCCGCUGCAAAAAAUUGGGCCCACUUUCCUCAUAUUCACUUCGGACUGAUGCCUGAUCAACCCGUGAAGAAACAAAAUGUGUGCCAACAGGAAGGCGAUGAUGUUCUGAUGAAAGAUGGGUUUCUUUCUCCUGCUGCAAACGUGGGCGUGUCUCCCUACUAAUAUAAGAAAAAUCAAUCAACGCAGCUUCUAUUUUCCAAAAUGUUUAAUUCUAUGUUAAUGUUGCUCUUUUUUAAUUAGUGUUUUUUCUACGUCAUUAAUCAAUUAGGGUUCAUCAUGGACGAACGAUGGAUGCAUGUUUUUUAACAGUUUUAAUUAGCUUCA